CACCAAUCCAUCCACCCCAUCCAUCCCAUCUUCAUCCUCGCCUCUCACCCUCCCUCCACCAUCACUUUCUCCAUAUUCACGCUUCAGAGAUACACCUACUACUCCAUUUUCUCUCUCCCUCUUUCACUUUGCACAUCCUCACACAUCAUUUCAGGUUGUAUCGGCACGUCGUUUGCUAUUCGCCUUGUCUUUCGUCUAGUGUUCAUGUUUGUUCCUGCUACUCAUCUUGCCACGCCUUCUCCAAUGCAACGCAGUCAAGUCGCGUGUUUCGCCCUUUUCCUCUAGUCCCUGCCCGCGUCGGUUUCGAUCAACAAAUUCCUCGCCAUCCACCAACGCUCUACAACUCGAAUCGUACCUCAGCCGCUCGUUCUCCACUCCUGCUUCUCAUCUUCCACCUCAGAUGGUUAUCCCGCCAUGAGGACGUUCCUCGUGAACGUGAUCCGACAACACAGGGCUCACCCGCCUCGAGGGCAGUUGGCCUCACACGUUUGAAUGGAGCAACCCGGGGAACACAUUGCCACGCUAUGUGCUAUUGGCACCAUGGGCAUAGCAGCCGCAGGAUUGGCCCUCGGCACAUCAGAUGGUGAAUCCUACCUCAUCAAGCCUGGCAAGAGGAAGGCCCCUGGCUCAAAUCCUACUAUACGCUCUCCUAUGACGCCUGAUCCCUCUUUUUUGUCCCGGCCGGCCACCUCAUAUCCUUCCUCCCGACCACCUCCCCGCCCUGAGCCCGCCGAACGACGCAUGUCCACCUCUAUCCUCAGAAGAAAGACCGUCAGGGCCAUGACCCCGUCCUCCUCCACGGCUAGUAACGGAGCACAGUCAAGGGAAAGUUCUCUCACAAGACAUAGUGUCUUACCGUUCUGGUCCUCGGACAGGGACUCUUCGUCCGAACGCAAAGAGACGAGACCUACCUCUUGGCUAAGACGGAUAUCAAGCAUUUCUCGUGGAAGCCAUGGCCGCCCUGUGUCCUCCUCUUCCAAAUUGGACGAGCCCAUCCGAACUUCUACGCCUCCCAUUGACGAGAUGCAUCAGCCUAACAAGCUCGUCAAACGGUCGACGUCCAGGCGUAUCAUGAGCAGCGACCGUGACACACCAGCAUUGCUGAGGCGUCCAGCAACCAGCCAUCAGCGUUCUGCAACCUUCUCCGGUGCUCCAUACACACGUCCCUUGACAACCGAGUCUGUCCUGGUUGCGGAGCAGCAGAGAUAUAUUACACAAUCAUCCACCUGGAGACCAUUUUUUGAAUCGAAUAUACCGAGGAAGAGAUUUUCGUCCGGCGGCCCACGAGAGCCAUCGCCUCGGACGAUCUCGUGUACUCCCCAGCGUCCAGCAACACUCUUGAUGGCUGCCGCUGUAGAACCUCAAGUCACAAUUGAUCACGAAUCAGACCGCCCUUCGGCGUCUCCGGACCAGUUAUUCGUUCCCCCAAUACGGCGGCAUAAGAUCCGUCGUAAUCUUGGUUCUUCUCGGAGAGCCUUACCCCCACGUCACUUCACUGAUCCAAUCGUAAGAGUAAACAAAGAUGCAGCAUAUGGUAACAUUGUUUCUCCAAAAGGUCAUUCCCAACUCUCGCCUCUGUCAAAUAUCUCUGACUUUGAGGUCGAAAUGCCCCGCGGUACUCCUAUCUUCACAUCGAGCCCCCAGAUGCACAGUUUGUCACAGCACAAAUUUACAUUCUCAAACUCUGUGUCGGCAGCCCCGUCUGAUCCCACAACCGCAAGCUCUGACAAUGACUUCAGAGUCUUUACCGAUGAUGACUCCAUGGAUAUGCAAAGCGAUUCGGCUUAUGACACAUUGGCUACGCGUGCCACUGCGAGUAGUCACUCCGGCUUCCGCCAACCCAAGAUUGAGACCAUCUUCAGUGAGGUUCCAGCCUCACCCAGGCCCGACCACAUGCCGGGACUCGAAAGCUUGAUGGAAAGAGCCACACUGGGUGACCACGAAAUGAAGCUAGAUGGUGCUAAUGAGGUCACAUCUGGCGUUGGAAUGGGGAUCAUUGGGCUUACCGACCAUAAUCAAUCCGGCUCCUCGGAAGAAAUGUUGACCCCGGUCAGAGGGCCUCGAGUGGGCUUUGAGAGUACUAUCACAACCCCAGUACCGAGACGAAAACAUCACCAUGACGCCAUAUUGAAUUCUUCUCCUCCGUCCAUGGGGAGACUGCCACGAACCGAAGUUGAAGAACCUGAGCUACCUUCUUUGAUGGACGUUGACGAUGAGGCAGCCCAUGACGAUGCUGACAUCGAUUGGUCUCCAGAGAUCGAUAAGGAAAGCCGGGAUAAGCAAUCGGCACCUGCAUCAAAUGGCUUUGCUCUCCGGUUCGACCACAUGCCAGAAGACGAUUUUGACGAGCCACGCUCAACGAAAAGAUCUUCUAUCUUUGACUGGUCAGAGCAUCAGAAAUUUGCCAGCGAGCAGUCCAAUGGAGUCAGUCCUCGCCCGAAGACAGUCCACGGCAAGCAAAGCAACAAGGCUGGCCGUAGCCGAGCUUCUGGCCGUAAAAGCAAUGCUGCAUUGCACCUUCGCAGUCAAAGCGUGCCCACGAAUCGUGACAGCUUGACCGAGACGGAUGUGCCCUCGUCUGCCACCAAAUUUGGAACUUGGGCGCUCGGAACGAAACCUGUUAGCGAGGAAUGGAGCGACGAUUUUGAGUUUGACGAUCUAGAGGAUGUUGAAGAACCUCAGGACCAAGUUCAAGACGAUAAGGCUUGGAAGCGGGAAUCCAUUCGGAGCGUCAAAGUGCCUCAGUCCAUCAUUGAUCGACAACACAGUGUCCAUGUUCAGUUUGGUCAAGUCCGGGAUUUCAUGCUUUUAGUGGAAGAGCUCAAACGACUGCGGGUCCAAGGCACUUAUCUCGGAUUAAUAGAUGGGAAUUCACGACAACUAUGGGAAGAUGCAGGGAGCAUCAUCGACUUGGCCACGGUGAAUGAGGAGGAAGACACAAAUCUGCGCCCACCUUCCCCAGUCUCCUCGGAGUUUUUUGGCGAUGAGACACCACCUCAACACAAGCUAACAGAAGAUGAUCAUGGCCGUAAUUGGGAUUUAGGCAGCACUAGAACCGUCAACCGACGGUCGAUCUCGAGCCCUGCGACACCUCCCUACGGAAGAUCACGCGGAGAAAGCCUUCAAACCAAGACCUUUCUCCAAACCAUCCAUUCACACCGAUCUGGGGCUGAGCCUUCGGUGGUGAGCUCCCCUGCACAGGGUCGAGACAAGCUGCCCUUUGAUACUCAAGAUUUGCGAGAUCUUGUCGUUCGAGCUGGCGUCAUCACACGUGCGUUGAAGGAGAUUGUGCGAAAAGCAGAAGGUGUUGCGACCAGUCCAGAGAGACUCUCGAUAUCCAAGUUCUCCCAGGAUCCUGCUUUCCGUCAGAUUUUCGUACCACCAGACACCUCGUCUAGCCCGACAUCAAAGAAGCCCAAUCUCCCCAAGAGUCAGAGUGCCAACAGCUAUUUUGAUGGAGCCGGCAGCGGCAACAAUAGUGGCCACGAUGCUAUGCCUUCGCUGAAUCUUUCCAAUGCAGUGGAGGCCAACUGAGAGGAUCACAUCACGGAUUUCAUUUUGUUUGACAAUGUACAAUACGAUGGCAUGGCGUUGAUGACACGGUCAGUGUUGCAUUGGGAGGCGCCGUCAUCCGCAUUUUCUGGAUCCACAGGGUGGCGGUAGAGUUGGGUAUACCAAAAAAAGAGCGGGCGAAAAGCUUGUAAUCACUGGGAUAUGAAUGUUCACGAUUCUCGUCGAGUCAAUGGAAAAGCCACAAAAGGGUGGAGAGGCGGAGGGGGGCCACGGUGGGUGUCUGUGCAUGACAGGUGCCGACUCGUGUUGUUGGAGAGAUUUUGACUCGCCUUGAGUAGGGAACAAGGGGAUAAGUUGGUCCAUUGGAUUGUUGGGCUACUGGACCAUAGGCUGUCAGCUCGAUGAAUGCGGAGUGUUGGGACAUGGGAUAUUGUUCCUGACUUGUAUCUGACGAGAGAAUGUCGCGAUGACGACAAUUACUUUAGAAAGAGUGAAUGAUACUGCAUGGCGUGUACAGAUUGACGACGCCGAGAGAGGAGUGAGGAUGAGAUGUCAGAGAGGGAUAUUCGCUGUGUACCGUAUUUCAACGAAGU